CCAACGUACUCAUAGGAAAUAACAGGCAAAGGUCUCUAAGAAAUGUUCUGGAAAUGGAAAAUACUAAUCUGCAGAAAAAUAUAGUUUUCUUUAAAGCAUAUACAAAAUUAUAGGACAGAGUUUCACAUAUGUUUGGAAGGUCCAAACUGAUGACAGUGGUUAGCUUGGUAGAAGAGUCAAGAUACAUGAGAUUUUACAAAUUAAAUAUAUAAAUUUAGUAUGUAAGUAAUGAAAAUUAAAAGUUGCAGAACAGAUUAUGUGUGUACUUGGACAUGCACACAUAGAGUUGUGUGUCCACAUCCACUUUUGUCUAUACACCUGCCUCUAUUUUACAUCAAGACAUUGUGUGUGUGUGUGUGUGUGUGUGUAUUUGUGUAUGCGUGGGGAAAGGUUUGAGAAUUCUGAAAAGAAACACCAGACUCAUAAUGAUUGCCAAUGGGAAUUAGGAAUGGGAAAUAUUUAUCAGGGGACUUUAAUGUUUCACUUUAUACAUCUCUGUGAGAUGUGACUUUUUCAGUGAGCAUCUGCUGCCCUUCAAAUCUGCUGACAAGGUAAAAUAAUUUUGUUUUUUUCUGUUACUGUAUGGAUUUAAUUCACUUUAACUAGGAUUAUAUUUGGGUUUGAGAUGGAGUCUUGCUCUGUUGCCCAGAAUGGAGUGCCAUGGCGCUAUCUCGACUUACUGCAACAUCUGCUUCCUGGGUUCAAGCAAUUCUCCUGCCUCAGCCUCCCAAGUAGUUGGGAUUACAGGUGCACGACCCCACGCCCAGCUAAUUUUUGUAUUUUUAGUAGAGCCGGGGUUUCACCAUGUUGGCCAGGCUGGUCUCAAACUCCUGACUUCGUGAUCAGCCCAUGUCAGCCUCCCAAAGUGCUGAGAUUACAGGCAUGAGCCACCAUGCCAGCCGAUGUAUCUGGGUUUCUUAAAUUGAUACAUAAUAGAUGGACAUAUUAUUGGGGUGCAUGUGAUAUUUUGAUAUACCCAUAUAAUGUGUGAAAGUCAAAUCAGGGUAAUUAGGAUAUUUAUUACAUUAAACAUUCAUCUUUUUAUGCUAGGCACAUUCAAAUUAUUCUCUUGCAGUGAUUUUGAAAUGAGCAUAACUUUAAAGCUGCUCACACUUACUCACAACCCCUGUGAAAGUUGUUGAUAACUUUUCCAACUCAGAUCUGUGAAUAAGCAUCUUAAUAUGUUUUAUUGACAUAGUGGGGCGCUGAGACCUGUCUGGAUGGAGGGAAACGACAGAGCCGUUGAGAAUGGUCAUUGUGGAUUUAGACAGGAAAUGCUGCCUUUGGAGAGAUUAAAAUUUAGCAGCCACUGAGGUGUGCUUCAGGCAGCUCUAACUUCCUCCAGACUGGAGCUACUCCGAGAGAGCCUCCUCUUCCAAGUCAAAUGUGCAGCCCAUCUCAGACUCACGAACUAGGCCCACUCUUUCAAACAGUCAUGAGGACCUAUUUUCUAAUUGCUCUCCCUUCAUGGUGAAAUAAUUCAAACAUUCCAUUCCCUUCUAGAGUGAGAACAAGAGCUAAAUUUAAAUGCAAUAGCUUAAUGAUGCAUCUGCAAUUCCAAGCAGCCAACAAUCUAUCAAAAAAAGACCAGCUCAUUCCAAAUAUAGGAAAGACUCAUACACACAUACAUCACUCCACUCUAGCUUCCAACCCUAGAAUGACCAAAAUUUAAAAAUAUCAAAAAAGUAAUAAGCCCUCAAAAUAAUCUGCUUGUGAUCCCUAGGAGGACAGAUUGGCUUCUGUAUCCCAUAGGCCAAGUAUAAUAAAUGCACUGGAAAAAAAUUACAACUAAUAACCCACACCACUCAGUUGAAACACACUCUUUGAAAGUGUUCUUAAUGACACAAUUUGUCUUUUUAGGGCAUACAGAUAACCAUAUUGUCAUAAAUUAUAUUCACUGAAGAAACUGAUACCAUUAUAUUAAUAAUGAAAACAAAAGGGUUUUGAAAUAUUUUUCAGGAAUCUUACCCACCUCCAAGGAUGCUGCCUUUACUCAUUAUGUGAUGAUUAGUGGCUCUAUUGUAACGAGAAACAAAUGAUUACCAAGUAUAUAUCCUACAUUGGAAAGAGUUAAGUUUCACAUCAGACCUUUUCUGCCUUCUUGUAUGGAAAAUGAAUGCAUAAAAUAGGAAUCAGAGGACUGGGUGUGGAUUUAGGUCUACUGAACACAUACUGACUGGAUCCAUUACCACCAUUAUCACCACAACUACCGCCAGCAUCACCAUCAGCUCCUCUGUCACCACGACUACCGCCAGCAUCAUCACCAUCUCCUCUGUUGCCAUGACUAUCUACCACCAAAAUCAUCACCAUCUCCUCCAUCACCACCAGCAUCACCAUCUCCUCCAUCACCAUGACUACCAAAAUCAUCACCAUCUCCUCCAUCACCACCAGCAUCACCAUCUCCUCCAUCACCAUGACUACCGCUGGCAUCACCACCAUCUCCUCCAUCAUCACCAUCUCCUCCAUCACCAUGACUAUCGCCAGCAUCAUCACCAUCUCCUCCAUCACCAUGACUACCAAAGUCAUCACCAUCUCCUCCAUCACAACUACUCAUCACCACCAUCUCCUCCAUCACCAUGACUACCGCCAGCAUCACCACCAUCUUCUCCAUCACGACUGCUGCCAGCAUCACCACCAUCUCCUCCAUCACCACAACUACUGCCAGCAUCAUCACCAUCUCCUCCAUCACCAGGACUACCGCUGGCAUCAUCACCAUCUCCUCCACCACCACCAUGCUUACCGGAAUCUGAGACUCAGAUUCAUUUGCCAAGCCCAAGCAGGGGCACCAAAGGUCCAGCUGAUUGAUCUUCUGCUGCGGGAUCAAAUGCAGAUGGAAUAGUCAGUGCCACCAGUGCCUAGCCAGCCAUUUCGGGGUUGAAACCCUUUAGCAACAGAAAGCAGCUGUUAUUCUUACUACCCAAGAUUGUCUCAUGAUCACACAGGGUGAACUACUGCCCUGAGUUCAGAUCACACCUCUGCACAGGAAACCUCAAACCAAACAUUUCACAAGGAAUGAAGAAACCAGCCUAGAGUUCUCUCCUGAACCCUGAACCUGACCAUGAAACUGUGGAUCCACAUCCACCUGAACUGUGGAUUUUUACCUGUAUUUAGGUGUUGGUCAGGUAACUCAAACUCAAAACUGGGCUUCAGCGCAAACCUGAAUGUGAAUCUCCCCAUACUUCUACUGCUCUCUCAGUCUUUCUCAUCCUAGGAAAUGGUCCUCCCCUUCCACCAUGCAGCCCACGCCAAAAAUAUGAAAGCCAUUCUUGUCACCCCCUUGCACUCCCUCUCAGCCCAGUCUAUCACAAUGGCUAGCAGGUCCUGCUGCCCCAAUAUAUCCAGGACCUCUCCAAUGACCCUCACGUCCACUAGCAUCCUGGUGCAGGCCACCCUUGCCAGUCAUGUGGACUACAGGGUUGCCGCCUAAUCCUCUUUGCUCCCACGAUUACCUCUACCUCCAUUCAGAACUAGGAGCGAUCUUAUUAAAAUAAAAAUUGGAUCAUGUCAUUCUCCACCUAAAAUCAAUCACUACUCUCUGGCCAUUGUUCUUAAGAUGUAGAAUCAGUACCCUAGCACAGCCAGCCCUGAGGUCCUGAAUGAACUGCCCUGUCCACUUGUCCCCAUCUGUGUGCUAGACACCCAGAUUUUCAGGCAUCAAGUUCUUUCUUGCCUCAGGGCCUUUGCACGGCUGUUCCCCAUGAUGUUUCUCUCUCUGUGAGGGUAAGGACCACAUCUGCUCUGCUUACUACUCAGUCCUCUUAACGAGGGGACAUACAGUUGGCACUCAAUAAAUAUGCCUCAAAUAAAUCAACAAACCAUGAAAGAACAGACACAGCCCCUAACUGACACAGAGGAAUACUGCUUCUGAGAAAAGGA